UGUUAUUUGCAAAAUCAUAUACAAAAACUUUUGUUAUGUUUGUUAGUCACACCUGUUUGUUUCAGUUGGAGUAUUGCUUUAGUAUAAAAAUUCGCUUCUGUAUUUAUUUUUUGUUUUGGAGCUUUGAAGCAGCACGUGAAAGUGUUUGUAUUAACAAAUAUCUACAUAUGUAUGCACAUACACAUGUAUGUAUACAUAUUUAUGAAAAUACAUGUAUGCGAUCGUAAUAAAUAUUAUCAUUUUGUUGUCAAUGUGCAGCAAAGGCUACCCCUGGAUGAAAUGUUAUAUGCCCAUUUAAAUGUCUGCGUUAUACAUAUUAAAGUAAUCCUAUUUUAUUUUGAUUAAAACACUGUUCAAUUCGGUUCCAUUUGACAAAACAUAAUACAUCAUUAGGUAUGAAACACGUGACAACUAAAUACAAAAGAUAUGCUGUAGGAGACAGUGAGAUUAAAAGCGAGUGAUGUCCAAUAUUUGAUGAGGAUACAUACAUAUGUAAAAGGCUUCAUUGUUGUUACACUAGUUUUAGAAGCAGCCUAAGUGAAUUGAUUUGUGUCGUCUUCUCGGAAGAAGAAGUCAACAAAAACAGCUACAAGGAAGAAAUAAGAUAAACCCAGUUCUCUCCAUUUGAUACUUUUUUUAAUCAAAUACUAAUGUUUUACAUGUUAGGUUUUAUUUUAUAAAUAAAGUGUUUUCAGUCUGUAAAUGUAAGUAUUUUCAUCUACGAAAAACAUGAAUUUUUUUAAUGCAUGUACAAGUGUUAAUACAACGCGCAAAAAAUCAGUGCGAUAGUUAAAUGAACGCAUUUCGAUGAAUGUGAUUACAGCUAAUAAAUUCAAGCGCAAAAAGUACCGUUACAGCACCGUACUCGAUAAGAGAUGCGCGUAUGGUAUGCCGACGCAUCGUUAUGAAGUAUUUUUAAAAGGCCGUUUAUUGGAGGAAACCUCGCGACUUAUUAUCACUUUUUCUAUUGUAAUUUGAAACGAAAAUUAUACAUAUCUUAAAAAGCACGAAACAGAGUUAAGUAUAGAAAAUAGAAAUGUUUGUACGUAAGCAACUAAUACCCAAUUAAAUUUUCAGUUCAAAACUAUUACCAUAAGUACGUAAUAUUUUUUUCCCCCGGGCCCGGAGUUUUCAGAGGGGCCCGGACUCGAGGGCAAUUCCAAGAAAUUUCCUGCUUGAAAAAAUAUAGUAAAUAAUACUUCUACCAGAGUUCCGUCACAGACUUUUUUUGGUGUCACCAUAUCGAAUGUUAUGAUCACGAUUACGAAGAAUAAAUAUAUUAUAAUAUGGUAAUACAAAAGUGUGUAUUAUUGAGCUCUUAUUAAAAUGGAACAUUCUAUGCUACUUAUUUAUAAGAUAAAAUAAAUAGCGAAAUUUUAACAUAAUUAUCAGUUGCUGUUAAAUCGGUGAAGGGAGAACUGAGCCAACAACCGGACUUAUCGGCAGCAUCAGCAAAUGCAGUGUCUGCAUCGGUUAAAUCGAAGGCAUCAGCCCCCGCACAGCAAGAUUUCACAAACAAAGCAGCAAUCAGAAAACAUUUGGCGACGUUGGUGACAUCGUGACGCAUAAAUCACCCUUCAAGCGAAAACGCAGUGGCAUGACAAAAAUAUUGCGUCACUCGACGGAACCGUCAACUCCAACAGUAGCAUCGACAGCAGGGGUAACAGAUAACGACUUAAACAAUGUUUUAACCAUCGCAGCUUAUAACCAUACCACAACGUAGAAUAAAGAGUGUUUGUAACAAAGAUUGCUCAUUUGUACCGUUCUUGUUGCCGCCGACGGUGCCGUUAGCCAUUGCUAACUUCGCUGCCACGGCACCUAGCUCCGCUACCGAGAAGAUGCUCAGUGAUCGUUCGCUGCUCUUAGCUUUCGGUGGCGGAUUUAAUUUAAUCGAUAAGCAACUGUGCGAUAUUGGUGCAAAUCUGCCCACCUCGCCUUCACCUGCAGAAGCUGCUGCAGCAGCUUGCAUAUAUUUAGAGAAAGUGAAACAUGAGAAGUUAUCGCCGCAUGUGACAAAAGCGUCAGAAGCACAAUUUGACUCCUUAAACGAAGCCAGCAUGGAGUCAGCGGCGAGUAUCAAUAAUAGUAAUUGUACCAAUCGAAAUAGCAAUAAUACUAAAAACAGCAACAGUAAUAUUGCCAACAGUUUAAUAAUUAGUCAAGUGAAAAAUGCGCUUAGUGGCUCCUCCAGCAAUCUAACUAUUGCUAAUAUGACCAACAAUCAUCCCCACCAACAACACUCACUCCAUCACAGUUCUCAACAACCCCAGUCAGCACAAAAAAACAACGUAAGCAACAUUGGAAAUGUGAAGAGAGAAGGGCUGAGUCCGGGUGCUGGUCCUAAUGGUGACCUUCAGUCAGUGAUGUCGAGAUCACGCAGCACCACACCUUCAUCAUUUCGUGGUGCUUCGCCUCAACAUAUGUCGACAGAAACACUAAUGCCACUAACUUCGAUUUUACGGAUCCAGCAGGCUGCAUCAGCUGGGCGUCAUAAUUCAUCUAUUAUUGCCGCCACCAUGGAUACUGCGCAUCUAGUAACCACAAAUGCUGCACUCCCGACAGAGUUUUCAACACACAACUAUUCCGAUAUUAUGCGCAAUUUAGCGGCCAAAUAUAAUGAUUCCAACCCAAAAAACUCCUCUUCGGCUCGGCGUAAUACUUUUUUUGAAAAUUCAUCAACAACUCCUACCGCCUCUGUUCUCAGCAAAAAUAUCAACCAGCAAACUGGCAUUAGAAAUGCAGGUGCUGCAGCAUCGCAAAGUGUUUUACCUAAGAAAGACGCACAACCGCAACUGAUGCCACGACUAUCCAUGUCACCGGGAGAAGUAGCGGUGGCAGCGGCUGCUGCAUCUUUUCUAAGCAAUCUUCCAUUCUCACAAAGCGUGUGCCCGCCAUUGAUCGAUAUGAGCAGCACACAAGCCUUAGUUACAUUGGCACGUGCAGCUAAGGAAGCCGAGAUUCAAACUAUACUUCGCAGUACUCAGCAAAAUCCCAAACCAAUAAACUCCACACCUGCCUCACCACAUCCCAAUCUCAGUGUUGCAUUACAACAGGCCGCACAAUUUGUUUCACCUGCACUUAUUUAUUCUACUCAAUUGCAAAAACAGCAGCAGAUCCAAUCUUCACGUCAGUCUAGUCCUUUGCACAGCAGUUCUGUUCAGAAAAGCAAAUCAUCAGUGGCUACAAGUGCGGCGACCGUGCCUCUUGACUUGAGCUCCCAACCACCAGCGGCCAAACGAUUUAAAGUGGAAUUACAUGCUGCUGGUAGCAGUAGUGAAUCAGUUGGACCUGUUUCAUCAAAUGCAGCAAUGUCCCCUUCAUCACCAACAUCAGAAAAUAAUGUCUUGAUUGGUUCCAGUGGUGGAGUACAAAGAGCACGUUCGAAUACACCUGACAAAUUCAGCGAUUCAGUCUCACCAGCGCCGGCAAUAACUCGCCAGUCACCUACUACACAACAAUGUCAGGCUCAAAGUGAAGAAGUAGCCCGGUGGACCGUUGAUAAUGUAUGCGCUUUCGUGGGCGAAAUUGAUAUAUGCGCUGAUUAUGUGCAGCAUUUUCGUGAUCAAUGCAUUGAUGGCAGCGGUUUACCUUUGCUCACGGAGGAUCAUUUGCUGAAUUCAUUGGGCAUGAAAUUAGGACCUGCGUUAAAGUUGCGGUCAAUCCUUGCGAAAAAACUAGGCGGUCCCUGCCCAUGCGUGACAUGCAUUACACAAGCACGGCAAAUGUUGGCCUUACAAGCCGCAGCUAAGAAUGAUGCAGUGAGACCGAUAUCAACAAUGCCAAUAGAAGCACCAGCAGCAGCAGGAGAUACAAGCACGGUUGGAGCGACUAACGAUAUCGCCACCAUAAGCGAUAUAAACGAGAAAGAAAAACAGACUCGUGAAGAAAGACAAGAAGUCCAACAAACUCAAACACAAAUAACGGAGCAGCGGCGACCGAGUGUCAGUAUCAAUAAUGAGAGCAGCAGUAGCUGUUCCGCCCUCACACUACAGAUAAGCGCCAAUAUAUAUAAGAAUGCGCCGAACAGUGACAGUCACAACAAUGAGAAAGUAAGUGGUGAGAAUAAGAGAAGCGGCGUAAAAGUAGCUAACAAAACGACUGGCGGUAACACUUGCUGCAUACUCGACACUCCGUUUGAUUCCAUAGCAAAUAAAGACUGCAAAAGUAAUAGUAGAAGUGGCGGGAGCAGUAACACUAAGAACGGGAGUUUACAACGAGCCGGAACUGGUGAUGUCGCAGAUGUUGGCAGUUAGCUUUCGUUUAUUGAUAUUGUGUAUAUGGUAUUACUAUAUAUAUUAGUACUGCCCCCACCGGGCUUGAUAAGCUAUGAUUUUUUGACACUGGGACUUAACUCUUAAGUAUGUAUGUAUAUAGCGGAUAUUCACAAAUAUCUUAUAAAAGUUUUCCGCUCUGUCUUAUAAGCGUACUUUUUUCCGACCCGUAUUUUACUUAUUUAGUGUCGAAAUAAAAACUCGUACUUACAACCGCUGCGUGAAUUCAGUUAUAAUGCCCGAAUACAUUUCUCGAAGGCAGCAUAAAACUAAGUUUAUCCAAUUAUAGGAAGGAAUUAAACAAUCAAACGCACUACAAAAAUUGGAGAAGAAGCUCAGCUUAAACCUUUCAAGUUAAAAUGCGCCAUUCAGUCGUUAACAUAUAAUUUAAGUACGAUGACUUUCAGUUUUCAAUAAACCAAGACUUUUAGCUAAUUUUUAAAAAGGGCAAAGAUAUACCUAUGUGUAUCGCACAUUUGCUGCAACGUGUCAUCAUCCAUCAUGUAGAAAUGACUAGUCCAUUCUUUUAUGUUGUGUAUAAAAUUCAACAAAAUUUCAAUUUACAGCAUCUCGUUAGGUGAAAAUAUCGGACAGGUACUGUUGUAAUUCACUUUGGAAUGAGUUGCAAAAAAAUUAAGAUUUCAAUGAAAUUCACUUGGAAGAGAAUCCUGCCAUUUUUACUUAAGGACAAAGUAAAUUGAAAGCUUUGACGCCGUUUUCGGAUGAUGGCUCUCUUGAAGUAAAUGAGCGAUAUUUAAAUACAUACAUAUCUACAAUUCCUCUCGAAAAACUGAAUUUCUAGUUUUCAGUUCCGCUCAAUGGAAACUUAGUCUGGUUUGGAUGAGUAGUGUUUUAUUGUUGUGUACAGAAAACACUUUCACAUACAUAUGUACAUACAAAUAUGGUAUACAUAGCUAAUGUGAAGGUAAUACGUAAGGUAAUGCAUUUUUAUUGGUACAUUUCACAGUUUAAAAUAUUAGUAAUUCACUUGAGCUUUUCAUUCUACCAGUCUUAAUAUUACCUUUCUUUAAUAAACUCAAUUUUCCAUGAAAUUAUAGUUUUCUGAAUUAUUAAUAUUUAAUAAUGAAAAGCUUUAUUUAAAAAAACUGGUUUCAUUGUACAAUUCUUACCUAUUCUUAAUUAGUGUAUAUAUCUUAAAUCUUAAUUAAUAUGCAAAUUGGCAAGCAAAACCUUAAUCAGCUUAAGUUAAUUGUUUUCAAGCGUGUGGUACUUUUCAAAACACUGAUAAAUUUUAAACUGAAAUUAUUUUCAUAUUAAACAGAAACUUUAGUGGCAUGACAUAAAAAACCACGAGUUAGACUCUCAUUUUACCGGAAAGGGUUAAAUAAUCUAAAACUAAAGAUUUCGAAGUAUUUGUGAUUACCACAAUACAGAAUGUAACGAAUUUUCUGUAAUCUGGAACUUCAGUUUGUUGUAUAAAUAAUUUAGCUUCAGUUUUUGAACAGCAAUCAUUAUUGUUAUAGUUGUUGUAAAUAUAAUAGCAUUAAAGAUGCAUUUAGAAUAUCAUGCAAUUCAUUCAUAUGUAGAACAGAAAAGCAAUCACAAUAGUAUGCAAAUAUUUUGCUGUUAUGUAGUAAGUAAGUUUCCUUAUAAAAAAUGCCUUAGUAUAAUGAAGAAUAGUUUUUUUACCAUAUUUAUAGUAAUAUAGUUGUUUUAGUAGUAAAAUAUGAUAUGUAAAUAUUGAAAAUAAUAAGCAACAAAACAUCGCAGUCUUCCACUGAAAUAGUUACUACGAAAAAUAAAUUUAAGCUUAUCUGCAUAUGCGUACAUAACUUCCUUACCAUUCUGUUGUACUAUUAACCAGGUUACAUGAACUCUUCAAAGCCGAAAAUAAAAAAUAGUCAAAUUAUUAGAAAUAACGCUAGUUUCUUAAAAUAAAUUUAUAUAUUCCCUAUGUACCCAACCCUAAAGAAAGUGUACUUAAUUUUAAUGGAAUUUCUAGUUUAGUGUAAUUAUCGUUUUAAUAAGAUAAUUAACAAACAAGUCAGCAGUUAUUUAAAAUAUUCAAAUAUUUUUAAUAUUUACAUUAAUAUUUACAUUAUUUAAUGCUAAGCUAUUUAUUACUAGUCAGUUUAGGAAUAUUAACUUUUAUGGAUACAAUUAUGUGCUUCUUGCUAAAAUUUGUUCAACACUAUUAUGUUUUAUAAAAUUUUUAAAUUUCUGUCACUUAGUGAAUUAAAGUCUAUUAACUUCAGAUUAUGAGACUAGUAAAACUCUAAUGUAUUAAAUAUGAACAUGCAAAUAUACACAUCUUUUUAUGUGCGUCAUAAUUAUACAAAUGUUAUUUAGUGUAUGCCUUCCCGUACAUAAGGAAGUUAAUAUUCAGCAUUGGAUAAAAAAUAUUUUCCUCCUUAUGUGAAAAAUUUACAACAUUGUUAUUGUCCUGAUGCAAUACGUCGAAAGUAGCAUCUGCUUGUUACCACCCACUGUUUAGGUCAUCUGAUGAGGUCCCUGUCAUAACAGUACUCUCCCACCCACCAUGUCUCUGUCCAUACCAUAGAAACGUAAGUUCCUAUAUCUGGUAUCGUCAGUUUACCUGCAUCCAAAUAAAUUUAUCUGGAAAGUGGUCCUAUAGCACAACCGUAAGUUACUAAAUCUACUACUACAGGAAAAGUUACUACAUCUACUACUACAGGAAAAGUUGCUACAUCUACUACUAUGGAAUUUCAGCUAUUUAGUGCUAUGCCUUCGGUUUCUCUCCAUUUAUCUCAAAUCAUUGAGUACGCACGCUGACAAAUUUUUGAUACCAUCCCAUACUUCUUUAGAUUGUAGCAUACCACUCUAUCACCGCUUGUUUGUAUCUUUCAGAUGAACAGGUAUACAUCAAUGUUGAUUUUGCUGUCGCUUCCACCCUCUUCAGAUCUGAAUAUGUUUCUGUAGCGCAUUGGAGGGGUGAGAUCGGGCGAGUCACCAUACUUUAUUAUACCAUAGAACAGGCACCCAAAAGCUGUCGAGCGCGGGACAAUCAAAUCCAUGAAAACCGUUGCACCGCAGUGCAAGUAAGAAUUCCCAUAUUUUUCUGUUUUUAGUCAGACGCGUCCUCAAUCCGUUAUCGUCAACUCGAAGACAAACGAAACAUUGGGUUAAUUUACCAUUUAUAUAUAUUUAAACACAGCUCAUAAAGUCUGCCUACAGGGAGCCAAAGCUUAACGACCUCGGCUGUGUAUUUUGGGUCGUUAUCAUAUUGGAUCCAAAACGUUCUUAGUAAGCCAAGAUUCUCGGUACUCUGUUUCAAAUUCCCUUUUGAAACGUUCUAAUUUUCCCAUUUAUCCAUUGUCGAUUCAAUUCUAACUCACCCACUCUACUUGCCGCCAUGCACCCCACAUAACUUCACCACCGCCGGUUUGACUGUGCCAACAAAAUUUUGUUUCUCAAGGGCAAUUCCUGAUUUGCGCCAAACAAUGUGAGGACCUCUUAUCCCAAAUAUACAAAAUUUACUUACGUCUGAAAAAAAUCACUUGUUUCGAAAACUCUGGAGGCUUACUUACAUAUAUACAUAAUUAUUAGCAAAUUCAAUGCGCUUUCUUCUGUUAACAAAUGAAAUAAACGGUUUUCUUCGAGCGACUAUACGAUGAUAUCCAGCUUUAUGUACAACUUUUUUUAAGAAUUUUUAAUAAUGUAAUUCAAAGGAUAACCCUUGCCAUAUUGAUUAUGUUGCGAUCUUCUCGGACCGAUAGUGUUCUGGGACGCCCAGAUCUGGGUUUGGAUUUUAAACUCCCCGUUUUCUUGUAACUGUUUACUACGCGUUGAACAGAGGAAUACAUUCUCCCAAUAGAUUUGCCAAUAUUGUGGAAACUAUUUCCAUCUUUCCACAAAUUUGUAAUUAUUUUUCUUUCUGAUACACUAAUAAAUUGUAGCAGCAUAAAAUUUUUCCUUACAUAUAUAUGGGGAAUGCUGCUGAAGUGACAGUCCUUGGACGAAUAUAAAGCCAGGUCGUUCCGGUUGCCUAGAACCGACUGUCGUGCGAACGGCACUAACAUCUUUCCCUUUAGUUUCCAUGUUUUCAAAUUAUUACCUUUUUUAAAUAAAAUGAGCUCUGAGUUCGUCAACCAACUGCAUUCGUCAACCAAUCAAUUAUAAUAACAAAGAGCAAAAUUAGCAAAAACAAUAACGGUAUUAUUAAAAGAAAUAAAGUGAACGCAGAUUUUCGGUCGCUGUAUUUACAGCGUGCUGCAAUUACUUUAUGCAAAAAAAUUUAGUGAGGAACCUUGUUGUUUUCCUUUGCUUUUGUAACUUAGGAAUGUAAUGGAGGAAUAAAUUAAUAAAAUAUGUUUUCAACUAUAUAA